CUUUUUCGGACCGUAGGGCCUGUGACGGUGCAGCACUUCAUUCGGGUAAGCUCAGAUCUGACAAAUGCCGAAACACCCCCACUGUUGGUGGUGAUCUCGCCCUUCUCUCUGUGCGUGCGGUCCGUGUGGCUGGUCGGUCUGGUGCAGGCUGCCUUCCUUCUCGGUUACAUUCGAGUGCUGAUCAUCUGAGCGCGGGGCUUGCUUCGCGCUCAUCGUUUUUUGACGGCCGGGUGACUGCUGUGAGAUCAGCAGCAGGAGGCGCCGCCCAUGUGCUGGUGGGACAGCUACGAGCGUAGCCGCUUCUCGGGGCUGGUGGACCCCAGACGAGACCCCAGACGACAGGGGGUCUAGCCGCCCCGCCCUACACUCUCUCACUCUCUUACUUCCCUAGCUACUCUCCUGAGGACUCGCUGACUGACUGGCUGACUGACUGACUGACUGACUCGGCGUCUGUGAGUGAAGACAGUGACGUGUUGGUGUUUGUCUGUGUACGGCUAUUUGUUCCAAACAAACUGGCUGGCUGGCUGGCUGAGAGGGGCGUGCCUGUGUUGUGAAGACAGUGGCGUGAUUGAUGGGUGUGAUGGGGGUGCUCAUCUGUUCGUUUUAAGAGCUCACUCUCUCUCUCUCUCUGUCUCUCUGUCUGUGUGUGCCACACACUCUCAGCCGCACUCACACUCUCACUCUCGUCACAUUUUGCCUCACACACGCGCUGACCAUCAUCACACACAUCAUGGCCACUUUCCUCCCUCUCUCUCUGCGUGACUAUGGCCUCUCCGCAGAGAGCGGUUUUCUCCCCUCCGAGCCUCCCGUGGGCCGUCUCGCCGACCCCUAUUUCGAAAAGUGGGAGGAGCUCGCCACGGACGUGCCUUCGCGCGUCAAGGACAUGGCUCUUUUUCGGGAGCAGAUCGAGGGCAUGUGUGUGCUGGACAGCUCGCGCAUAGGGGCGGGGGAUGAGUGUUCGCUGCGUCGGGCGUAUGUGGUGCUGUCUGUGUUGGGCCAUGCCUACGUGUGGGGCGGCGGGGAUGAGGGCGUCCGGGACGUGCUGCCCAAGAGCAUUGCGGUGCCAUGGUAAGUACGUCAGUGAGUAGAGUGAGGGGAGUGAGGGAAUGGCGCACACACACACCGUUGUUUUAAUGCAUUUCUCUCUCUCUCUCUGUGUGUGUGGUGUGUUAAGGUGUGCGGUGAGCGAUCGGCUGGGAGUGCCGCCCGUGGUGACCCACGCGUCCAUGGACCUUUGGAACUGGGCACUCAUCGACGCCGACGGACCCAUGGACAUCGAAAACCUCAAGUAGGCACACACACACACACAGACACAGACAGACGACCGCGCCAAGGACGAAAGGGGACCCGUUGUCUGUCUGUCUGUCUGUCUGUUGGUCAGGUGCCACACGCACUUCACAGGAAGUCGGUCGGAGGAGUGGUUCCACCUGAUCCCCACCGUCAUCGAGCACGCCGGCGCGCCCCUCAUCCACCAAACACUCGACCUCGCACACACGCUCAACAAAGCACCCGAGACACCCACACCCACACCCCCGCCGCCCAGCCCCACUGCCACCCAUCACCUCCCGCCCUCCCCCGCCCUCACCGACGAGCUGCUGCAGUACCUGGGCUGCCUGGCGUCGACCCUCCGCAGUGUGACAUCGCUCAUCGGCCGCAUGUACGAGGGAUGCUGCCGCUUCGAGUUCUACUUCAAGCAGCGGCCCUUUCUCGCCGGCUUCGGCUCGAGCGAGGCGCUCCCCGACGGCUUGGUCUACGAGGGGGUGUCCAACGAGGCGAGGACAUACAAGGGUGCGUCUGCGGGGCAGUCGAGCCUCAUCCAGAUGCUGGACGUCAUGCUGGGCGUCAACCAUGACGACCCCUUCCUCAGUGAGAUGCGCGACUACAUGCCAGCCCGACACGCGCGGUUCCUCGAGGACCUGCAGCCGGUCGGAGAGGCCAUGCGCGCACUCAUCCGUGCCAGUGAGCCGCCAGCCCCCCUCCUCCCCUCCCCCUCCCCCUCCCCCUGCCCCUCUCCCUCUCCCUCCCCCCUGGUGGACGCCUUCAACGAGUGCAUCGACCUGCUGGCGGCGUUUCGGUCGGCGCACAUGGGCCUGGUCUACACGUACAUCAUCCAACUCAAGCGGCACCAUGCCGCACCACCGACACCGACAGCCGCCCCCACCACCACCACCAGUACCCCCAAUACCGAGGAGGCGACUCCAGAGUGGGUGGUGCAGGGGGGGCACCAGGAGAGGAGCGAGAGCCUCACCGACGUCGGCACCGGCGGCACUGACCUGCUGCCUUUCCUCAAGCAGUGCAAGCAGGAAACCGUCGAGGCCCGCAUGGAGGGUGCGGACGGGCCGCCUUUGCUGACUGCAGAGGAUCGGAGUACCAGCAAGGGCAGCGGCAUGACACUGCUGAUCGUCGAGGAGCAGGACGACGAGCUUGACAGGGGGGAUGGGGACGGGGAGGGGGAGGACACGCCCACAUGUGGCGGCAGUGGGUGAGGGAGGGUCAUAACGGGGGAAGGAAGAUUGGAGGGAGGGAGGCAUGGGCGGCGGGGGUCUCUGUCUUGUCUGUCUCAUCGCGUCAUGCUGCCGUGUCGAGUCGUGUCGUGUCGUGUCGCAGUGCUGGUCUUGGAGUGUCUUGGCUGGCUUCUUUCUCGAUAGCUAAUAUGAUCUAUAUAACAAGCAUCAUGGCAAGCCGUGGUUUAGUCUUCAUAGCGCUUCGAUGAAUGAGGGAGGGAGGGAGGGAGGGGAGACGGGGACACGACGGCUUUUGGACAUGCACGCACAGUGUCAUCACAGCACACCCUCUCGCGUCUCACCUUUCCGAUCCUGCUGACUGACUUGUGAGCCCGUUUUGCCAGUCUUCGUAGCGCUUCAACGAGGGAGGGAGGGAGGGAGGGAGGGAGAAUCUUUUUCGCGAGGCGGGAUCGCAUCGUCCGCCGUCACAACACACCCGCUCGCGUCUCGCUUUCCCGAUUCUCUGCUGUUUUUUUGGGGCCGUUUUGCCUUGACGACUCAGUGAUUGAGUGAAUGAGUGUCGGCCGGCCGGCGUGCCGCUAUCUUUUUCGCAGUAGUAGUGGAAGAAUGAGGCCUUUUUGUGUCUGUCUGUCUGUCUGUCUGUCGAUUUUCCUCGGGGCACUGCAGCGGCUGUGGUGAGCCGCGCCGACUGCCUGCCUUUUUGAGCCUGGUUUAGGUAGGUAGGUAUGGCCGGGAAAAAGCAGUAGCAACGUGGCAACGUGCUUCGUGUCUGUGUGUAUGUGUGUGUGUGUGUGUGUUGUGGGAUGGCAACGGGGGAUGGACACACUGGCUGAAUUUGCUUGGCUUGCAUCAUGAUGUGUCCGAUCGGCCCUGAGUGUCGACUUUCAAAUGACAGACAGGGGGAGGGAGUGGAUGGCUGCCUGCCUGCCUGCCUCCCUGCCGGGAUUUUGGGCCGUCGACACUUUUAGAGGCCGUGCACGGAUGGACCGACCGAUCGGUGGCUGAUGUUGUACAUGUGUGUUGAUGAGUGAGUGAGUGCGGCUGCUGCUGCUGCUGCUGGUGAUCGAAGUCCCUUGUGGUGGCCAGAGGGGGCGUGCCGUGUUGUCACUGUUUUCGGCUCCAGUGUGUGUGCAUACGAUGGAUGCGUCAUCACGGACUGCUACGAGAUUUUCUGUGCUCGUGUGUUUCCGCUGCCUUUUUCUUCCUCUCCGUCGGUCUGCGUGUGGUUCGGGUAUUCCUCCGCCUCGUCGAAGUUGUCUGUGUUUUGGCUUGUCAGCACGAAGCUCAGAUUACUUCGAUCGCUGUGGGGGUGGAAGACACGAGGCCACACGACGCGGCCCCACAUUGACACGGAGACGGAAGAUGUGUGCAUGGAACCGCCGUGUGCGUCAAGACAAGACAGCCUUUCCAGUUCCUCCGCCACUCAGGGUGUGCGCUCUGCCAUUGUGUGUUUCUACUUCUUCUUGAAGCCGUCUGUGUUUCGGGUUGUCCGCACGAAGGCACAGACGGCUUCGGGGAGGUGGAGCAACACACAGAGGCACGACACGCGAAGGGCGAUAUGUCCGUCUGUAUGUGACCCAUUUUGCAUCAUCGCGCGUGGCAUUCGAUGGAUGGAUGGAUGGGUGGAUGGGUGGUGUGUCGGUGACGGUGUUUCUCCUUCCGCGUCGGGCUCCCUGAGUUGCAUCCCUUUGUGAGCUCAUGGACACCGAUGCGUGGGCGGGAGCGCACGCGCUGACAUGCUGCUGUGUGUGUUGCUGUGCUGUGUGUGGCUCACUUCACGGAGAAGAAAAGACUUACUGGAAUCGAAUCAGUGUGUGCAUGGGAUGUGACGACCACAGAGACGUUUACGCACGGUAUGAGGUCAACAGCUGAGCUGGUUGCGAU